UUAAUAUCUGUUACUUUUCCCUGUCUUAUAUAUUUGUGAGGUCUUAUGAAGUUUUCGUGACAUUUCAGACAUAACUAACAGCCUGUUCGACAUUCUCAGCAAAGAUGAACCAUUCGUUGAUCGCGUAUUGGUAGUGUCAACUUUAUGCGAAGCUUUGGGUGUAGCGUUUGUGCUGUUCGAUCUUUCGGCGGAGAUCUUUGGUGAGCAAGUGGUUGCGUUGAACGCUGGUAUUCGAGAAUCUGACGCUCCUCGCUAUCGAGGUUAUGCAGUUAAGUGUUUCAACCUGUUGCAGAGGAGCAGUGCUCCUCAGUCGCCGAGUUUUUUCAUGCGCGAAGGCAGAAGAAUCGCCGCCUCGCUGUUACCGAUGCUCAAUUUUGUGGCUCCUUCAGAACUAGAAGAAGAAAUCGUUGAAUUUUUUCUCAUUCAUUUGUGCCUUCGCUGUCCGAACCUUUGUUUCGUCGACAGUGAGGAGGGAAACAGUGAUGAUACGAAGCAAAUGUGCCUAAGGCUCUGCUCGAAAUUCCAUGAAGACAUGCUGAAGAUCCCGCUGAAAAGCGCCGCUUUUCGCUCUACCCGACAUCGCCAUCAAACCGUCGAGCUGCUCAGUCGCGUAGUGCUGCUUCUCUUCUCCGGAAAC